AGGGUCGCCAGCAACCCACUCCAUCCUGCUCGCCAACUUGCUCUGUGACCUUGGGCAACUCAUCAGCCCUCUCUGGGCUACUAUUUUGGGGAAAACAAGGUGGUUCCGGGAUGAUUUCCUCGAGUCAUUCCUGCAGAUUGCCUCAGCAUUUGUGGAGCUCACACUGCGUGCACAGUGUGUGGAGGAGACAGGCUUGAGGCCUGAAAGGGCUUAUUACCAACUGAAGGGUCGAAGCUGGACCCUAAACGUGGCUUCGCCAAGCCAGGCCUCUCUGAUGUUCAGAAACAGGUGGAAGAGACAAGCAUCUGUUAGUCUCACCAGAGAGGGCCUCAGGCCUUGCCUUCUCUGGAGUCCUGGAUCUGGGGUUGGGGUGAGCGGAUUAAAGGGUCCCCAGCAGCAAGAGGUGGGGGGAAACACCAGCGACACCCACCAGGAUCCCCAGGCAGGCUGGCCCAGGCUUUAUGGGAUUAGGGGCUGGCUUUGCCCAACUGGAACCACCUCUCCGAGGGGGCCUCCAGCAAACCUCAUGUGAGGUCAGCACUCAUUUAGCUGAUUAAUUGUGAUGUUUAGUUUUGAAAGGCGACCUGCGGUGUAAUAUAAGGUUCUAAUCACUGUCUGCAAUUACAGAGCAGGCCGAGCCACUAAUGAUGGAGCAGGAUAAAUCACCAACCACCUUGUUUAAAAGGGUCUUCAAGUCUGAAAUAUCGUAAAAUGGAAUAAUUACCAAAGUCUCGCCGUCUGGGGCAUUUCAGUACUUGAGGAUCGGGGGCCUCAGGCCCUCUAAUAAUCACAAGUUUGCAAGAACAGUCUUUCCUCUCAUUGGGUUAAAAUUGGAAAUUGUCUGAAUCUGAAAAGGGGAAAGAAAGUCAUUUUCAAACGUUCUAGUUCUCAUUUUGAUCUGGAAUGAAGCUUUCUGUUGUUUAAGCGUUUUUAACUUUUACCUGGUUUCAUCCUUGCCGCAGUCUGGAGAGGUAGGUGAGGCAGGUGCUUUAUCAUUAUCCACAUUUUAUAAAUUGAGGGGCUUUCAGAAGUGGAGCCACUUGGGCCCACCCUUUGCCGAGGGCAGCCAGGGAUUGGUUAUCAGGGAGGUGUGGAACCAUAGGCCUCCCAGGACACGUCUCUAUCUGUAACUUGGGGAUAAUAACGGGGAGGACAGGGAUGGGGGUGCGAGGGCCCUCACUGUCCUUUCUCAGCCUCUGGAACAGACUCCCAAAUACUCCUUGUAGAGGGGGGUUUCAGGUAAAUUCUAUAUUAGUAGGGCUGAUGAAGCCCAAACAGGCCUCUAAGGAGAGGGGAGAUGCUAGAAAAGGACCAAGGAGCUUUUAGGAUCAGCCCUGUUAGGGCUUCAGGGAGUCAGCUAGCAUCUGUUACGUGGGGCCCUCUCAGUUGGACAAGUCCCUGCCCCUCACGUAAGGAGGCAUCAAAGAGAAAGAUCUCAUCUGACUCCAGGUGGGUGGGGGCAGGCAAGGGGGAAGAGGAGACUCACCUUUCAGCUUUGGGUUUCUUUUCCUCCUCCCACCUCACCCACUGCGGUUUUAACCCCCUUCACCCUUCUUCCCAAAUCGUCCCCAUCUUUGAACCCCCAAGGCUUUUACCCAGGGAGACAGCAGCGGAAAGAACUGGUGGGGCUCUGGCAGGUGGGCCAGGGAUUGAUGUCUAUGGCUGCCAGAUGCCCAGGGCUCAUUCUCUGCUUACCUUUCCUCCCUUGUUCCCUGCGAGCUACCCAGGCUUGGUUUUCUCUUGAAGGGAAGGGGCAGUUUGGUGGAGGGAGGGGGCCUUGGCAGUGUGAGGACCCCCAUCUCACCCACACCGUUGCCAGGGCGGCCUUACCCACAGGCAGGACUGGGCUGGCUGGGCUCUUGGGCCCCGGGCCCUGUGGGGCUGGCAGGACGACAAAGAGCCGUUCUGAAGAGGAGAUAAGGAGUUGAUUAGGCCCAACGGCCCAGCCCCGCCCUGUGGCUGCAAGCCGGGCUGAGCAGAUGCCCCCAUCGGCCCAGCAUCCCAGCCGUCGCUCCUCCGCCUGCUCUGCCGACAAGGGAAGAUGAGCGAGUCGAGCUCGAAGUCCAGCCAGCCCUUGGCCUCCAAGCAGGAAAAGGACGGCACUGAGAAGCGAGGGCGGGGCAGGCCGCGCAAGCAGCCUCCGGUGAGUCCCGGGACGGCGCUGGUAGGGAGUCAGAAGGAGCCCAGCGAAGUGCCAACGCCUAAGAGACCUCGGGGCCGACCGAAGGGGAGCAAAAACAAGGGUGCUGCCAAGACCCGGAAAACCACCACAACUCCAGGGAGGAAACCAAGGGGCAGACCCAAAAAACUGGAGAAGGAGGAAGAGGAGGGCAUCUCGCAGGAGUCCUCAGAGGAGGAGCAGUGACUGUGCCGCGCCGCCAGCUCCCUCACCGAGGAGCAGUUUCCUUCUGGGACUGGACAGCUCCGCUCCGCUCCCACUGCCCCCACCCCUUCCCCCAGGCUCUCGUGUCACCGCCACCCACCCGCGCCCUCACCACCACACUACACAGCACACCAGCCGCCGCCGCAGGGCCCCCGGGGGCCCGAGUCGGGAGCAGUUUCCUUUGAUUUCAGGUCCCAGCGACCCCUGACCCACGCACCUGACUUCCCACUAAGCUGCUCCCGUGCUGCUGUAUCCCCACUCCCUCAGCGUGGGGACCUUGCUGGCUGGGCUCUUGGUUUCGGGGUCCCUUCUAAUCCCCGACUCUUCCCUCUGGCUUCCCAUUAAGGGGCCUGGGAGGGCUCCCCUGGCCUUAAAAAGGGGCCCAAGCCCCAUCUCAUUCUGACAUGCCCCACGCCCACUGUACUAGCGGCAGCAGGUGUGGCCACUGGAGAGGGGUGAUUGGCCCCAGAUGCCCCCAACCAAGCUGUGUCUCACCAGGGGUGGCUCACACGCCCUUUGCUUCCUUCCCACCUUGCCUAGUCCCUGCAGUAGGUUGGGCCGCCCCCUUGGGGGCACAGGAAGGCAGGCAGGAGGGGUUUAAGCCCCCUCCCCCCUCUAAGCAGGCUCCAAUCUACCUUGCCCUCACCCUGGAAUCCAGUGCAGUGAUGAAAAUGCAAAGUCA